GAAAAAAGAAAUUAAAAAAAAAAAAUGAAAACUUGAGCAGAGAGAAGGUAGGCAGACGGAAAACCCAUUUUCCCACAUAAUCUCAAUCUCUUAUUUCUUCAUAAAAUCGCUGCAAAUCUGAUCUGAAAACCCUAUCCAGCGAUUUCCCAACAGAUUUCCAAGGAAGAAGUAGAAGAGGAGGGAGAAGGAACUUUUGAUUUCUGAGUUCGCGGGAGAGAAACAGAGUGAAAUUACGAACAGAACAAUGUGGGUUUCGUAGUUUUUUCAUCUUUUUACUGCGUGUUCUUGAAUCCCAGAUCUUCGUCGGAGCGGAGUCGCCGGGAAGCAGUUUUCUCAACCCGAAUCGCCAAAGAAUCCAAGAUCUACGGCGGACCCAUUUCCCUAAAACAAUCCGAAAACCUAAAUUAUAUUUGAAUCUCACCAUCCAUUUUCUUGAAUUGACGGUUACCCAUAUGCCCCACCCAGUUGAAUCAUCGUCGCCAUCAUCAUACCACUGCAAUUUCAAUCACCAGAAAGUGAAAAAAUCUAAACCAGAGCGACGAUCGCCGUCAUGGGUGCUGAGAAGAAAUGGCUUUUCACUCUCUUCUCCGCCGUGUUCCUUUCUCUUCUCCUUCUCUUAUUCUCUUCCAUUUCUGCAUUCAGUUCUCCGCGAUCCAUUCCCUCAAUAGUCCACCAUGGACCUCCAUAUCCUCCAGCGUUUGCCUAUUAUAUUUCCGGUGGUCGCGGCGACAAGGACCGAAUCUUCAGGCUGUUGCUUGCCGUCUACCACCCUAGAAACCGGUACCUUCUGCAUCUCGCGGCGGAUGCUUCCAAUGACGAGCGGCUGCAGCUUGCUGUGGCAGUUAAGUCGGUGCCAGCGAUUCGUGCCUUCGAGAAUGUUGAUGUUGUUGGAAAGCCUGAUCGAAUCUCCUACAUGGGGUCGUCUAACAUUGCCACGAUUCUUCAUGCUGCGGCGAUUCUUCUCAAAAUUGACAGUGGUUGGGACUGGUUUAUCACUUUGAGUGCAACGGAUUACCCGCUAAUCAGUCAGGAUGAUCUGUCACACGUGUUUUCGUCUAUUAGAAGAGAUCUCAAUUUCAUAGAUCAUACGAGCGACCUUGGGUGGAAAGAAGGUCAGAGGAUCCAGCCAAUUGUGGUUGAUCCAGGGUUAUAUUUGGCAAGGAGAACUCAAAUAUUUCAUGCCACCGAGAGGCGACCGACACCUGAUGCUUUCAAAAUAUUUACAGGUUCCCCUUGGUUCAUCCUAAGUCGACCGUUUCUCGAAUAUUGUGUUCUUGGAUGGGAUAACCUUCCUCGGAUGCUUCUUAUGUAUUUUAACAACAUUGUGUUAUCACAAGAAGGAUACUUUCACUCUGUCAUUUGCAAUUCAAAUGAGUUCAAGAACACAACUGUCAAUAGUAAUCUAAGAUUUAUGAUGUGGGAUGAUCCUCCAAAGAUGGAACCCCUUUUCUUCAAUGCAUCAAACUUCGAUGUCAUGGCUGAAAGUGGAGCUGCCUUUGCCCGAAAGUUUCAUAAAGAUGACACCGUGCUGGACAUGGUCGAUAAAAAACUCUUGGAGCGGGGACGCAACCAACUUACUCCUGGAGCAUGGUGCUCGGGUCGGAGGAACUGGUGGAUGGAUCCUUGCUCUCAAUGGAGUGAUGUCAAUAUCUUGAAAUGUGGAUCUCAAGCUAAGAAGUUUGAAGAGUCUGUGAAGAACCUUCUGAACGACUGGAACGCCCAACCGAAUCAAUGCCAAUGAAAGGCAGUACAAUGAAAAGAUUGAGCCAGGGGUCGACUCGGUCGCAGGUCCUGGCGCAUCAUUUUCAGAAGCCUGUGAGGUAAAUGGAUACAUGAGAUCAAAAUAUUCAGAUUUUGGGGGUGGGGACUUAGCCAUGUUCAUAACAGGUUAGAGAAGAUGAGGAAACAAGAGGCAUAUUGUUGAGGUUUUGGGAUAUAUAAUGUAUUUAUUUAAGAGCCCCACAAUUUAUUCAAACAAUACCACUAUUUUUCCCUUACUACCACUUACAAACUUCACUGUGAAUUGCUUUUCUUUUA